UGUGCCCUGCACACUCCCGUGUCUCUUGAGUCCGGCCCGCAGUUGGGCUUUAGCAGGCUGGAAGUGCGUCCCUCUGCUCCGGUGCGGUCCGGUUCGCCCGUGUUGUCCCGCCGCUCGCCGAGCGCCGACUCUGCUCUGCAGACAUGACACCUGUCCUCCGAAUGUGCGCUGUCCUCUUCGCAUCAGCGCUGUUGCGAACUGCGACAUCAGCCCACCUCAAUGACACUGUUUUUGCAGUGACUGUGAGCUCCCAUGUGACCGGGGGUAAAGAGGAGACCCUGUGUGCCCAGAUCCACGGCCCCACAGAGCCCGUCUCUCUUACUGUCUCCCUUGACAUGGACUCUGGCAGCACCGUCAUCCUAGAGGAGGCUGUCAAACAGGACUUUUACCGCUGCUUAAACUUCCAGGUCCCUACGGUCCGCAGCAGGAUCGUGGCGAGCAUUAAUGUCACUAUUCAGGGUGAGAGCGCCUUGAUGAGCAAGAAGACCAAAAUUCUCAUUGAGCCUCCUGCUUUUAUUCAUAUCAUCCAGACUGAUAAACCGAUCUACAAACCUGGACAGACUGUGCAAUUCCGAAUUGUCUCCAUGGAUGCCAACUUCAUCCCUGUAGCUCGAGUGUACAAAGUGGUGGAGCUCCAGGAUCCCAAUUCAAAUCGCAUUGCCCAGUGGUUGGAUAAGCCAAUUGAUGGCGGCAUCCUUGAUCUUUCCCACCCUAUGAUUCCUGAGGCAGUACAAGGAAACUAUAGGAUCACUGCCUCAACAGACAAAGGAGAACAAAUAUCCCACAGCUUUGACAUCAAGGAAUACGUUUUGCCAAAGUACGAGGUAAAGGUUCACCUGCCCAGUGUGAUAACCAUCCUGGAUCGAGAGGCAACACUAAAGAUUUGUGGAAAAUACACCUAUGGGAAACCAGUUGUUGGAUCAGUUAAGGCAGUGUUUUGUAGAAAUGCCAUCCGGUUUUACUGGUAUUCAGGUACCCAAGAGAGGGAUCUCUGCAAGACUUAUGAACUGACUACGGAUAAAAGUGGUUGUGCUAUACAAACUGUAAAUAUGGCAGAGUUUUCCCUCGAAAAGAGCAUGUACGAUGACAGUUUUGAGGUGAAUGCUGAAAUAGAAGAGUAUGGCACAGGGGUCAUUCUUAAAGGCACUGGGCGGACCAGCUUCAGCAGUCACAUCAGAACUGUCACUUUUGAGGAUGUACCUGCAGCGUACAAACCUGGCAUCCCAUUUGAAGGAAAGGUCAAAGUGAUCGGUCCAGACAAUAAACCUGUCACCAAUGAGCCAGUGUACCUGUUUGUCAAUGACUCGCACAACAUAACCCUCACUACAGACAAGAAAGGCAUGGCUUCGUUUUCUCUGGGCACCUCCCUCUGGAAUGACUCUGUGAAUCUCAGGGCAAGUUCUAAAAACCCAAAAGAGGAUGAACCAUUUGUGCCCAAUGUGCGUAGACCAGAGUACAGGUCGGCCCACCACCACGUUGCCGCAUUUUACUCCAAGAGCAGUAGUUUUUUGAAGCUCAUGCAGGUCAGCGGGAAGAUCUCCUGUGACAAAGAUGCAACUGUGCGCACUCAGUACAUCAUCCAGGGGGAGGAGCUAAAGAAGGGACAGGAAGUCCUUGACUUCUUUUACCUGGUGAUGUCCAGAGGUGGAAUUGUGCAGCACGGCCGUGUUCCAGUGGCUGUUAAAACGGGAACUGUCAACAACGGGGAGUUCUCCAUACCACUCCAACAGGUGACAAACCUGUCACCAUUUGCCCAGGUGGUAGUUUACACUGUGAUGCCCAGUGGAGAGACUGUGGCCGACAGCCAAGACUUCCCCAUUCAGCUCUGCCUCAAUAACAAGGUGUCUCUGAAGUUCUCCUCUCUCCAAAAGCUUCCAGCAGAGAAGACCACGCUUACUCUCCAGGCUCACCCAGGCUCCAUGUGUUCUGUCAGAGCAAUCGAUCAGAGCGUCCUCCUGUUGCAGCCAGAGCAGGAACUAACUGUCGACUACGUAUACAGUCAGCUGCCCUUACAGAAGUUGUCAGGAUACACCUAUGAGGUUGAAGACUUUGAGCCAUACCCCUGCUUCCCUGUUCCAAUGCCAGAGCCAGAACUCGAACCAGAACCAGAACCAGAACCGGAGAUUGUGGUUGACGUGCAGGCAGCCCGUCGAUCAAGUCGCUCAGUCUACUUUGGACUGCCCAAUCAGAAGAAUGAUGUCUACAGCAUUUUUAAAGAAAUUGGAAUCAAAAUUGUGACCAACUCUGAUGUGAAAAAACCUUAUAACUGCCAUGAAAGGACUUAUAAUACAUAUAUGUAUUAUGAUAUGGAUUUCGUAGACUCUCCUGUUCCCAUGGCCUUCAACAUGAUGCCACAGAGUUCAGGUGGUGUGCUGAAAGGUAAAGAUGAGGAGAAGAAGGAAACCGUCAGGACAUUCUUCCCUGAGACCUGGAUCUGGGACCUAGUUACUGUGGGAGACAGUGGGUCAGUGAAUGUGGAGAAGAUAGUCCCUGACACCAUCACUAAAUGGGCAGCUGGAGCUUUCUGCGUCUCAUCUGUUGGCUUUGGCUUGUCGCCUGAAAUUGGACUGACUGCCUUCCAGCCAUUCUUUGUCAGUCUAACCUUGCCCUACUCUGUCAUCCGAGGGGAGGUCUUUACACUCAAAGCCACCGUCUUCAACUAUCUCUCCAAAUGCAUUAUGGUGAAUGUAACACUGGCUGAUUCAGACCAAUACCUCUUCAGAAACUGCGAUGGCUGCCAGUACAGUGUGUGUUUGUGCGGAGAAGAGAGCAGGACCUUCUCAUGGAUUGUGACUCCAACUGCCCUCGGUGAGGUGAAUCUGAAGGUCAGCGCUGAGGCCCUGAAGACUGAUAUACUAUGUGGCAACGAGGUGGCCACUGUCCCUGAAAUGGGCAGAAUCGACACAGUGAUCCGCACCCUGCUGGUGGAGGCUGAAGGAACACCACAGAUGGUCAGUCACAAUGCUCUCCUCUGUCCUGCAGAGGGGCCGGUGGAGAAGAAAAUCUCUCUUCUGAUGCCUGAGAUGUUUGUGGUUGGAUCAGCCAGGGCCUCUGUCUCUGUACUGGGUGAUCUGAUGGGCCGGGCCAUGAAGAACCUGGACAAGCUCCUGGCCAUGCCGCACGGCUGUGGGGAGCAGAACAUGGUGCUCUUUGCCCCCAACAUCUUCAUCCUCAACUACCUGAAUAGCACCGGUCAGCUGACCCAGGAGAUUCAGGACAGGGCAACGCGCUUCCUGGAGAGCGGAUAUCAGAGAGAGCUCACCUACAAGCACGAUGACGGUUCCUACAGUGCCUUUGGGAAGCAUGAUGACUCCGGAAACACCUGGCUGACCUCUUUUGUGAUGAAGUCCUUUGGUGGGGCAAGACCAUACAUUUUUGUGCAUCCCAACCACAUUAAAGAUGCAAGGAGGUGGCUGUCAGAACACCAGCGCCCUGAUGGCUGCAUCAGAUCUGUUGGAAAACUCUUCCAUAAUGGCAUGAAGGGAGGAGUGAGCGACGAUGUGUCCCUGACAGCCUACAUCGCCGGCGCCAUGCUGGAGCUGGAUGCCAACGUCAUGGAUCCCACAGUACAGAACUGUCUGAGCUGUCUGAAGGAAGCAGUGGCCGGCCAGCUGGACAACCUGUACACCACUGCCCUGCUGUCAUACACCUUCACUCUGGCGGGAGACCAGGAGAUGAGGAGCAAACUCAUCACAUACCUGCACCAGAAGUCCAACACACAAGGGGGCACCCGUCACUGGGACAGAGCAGGGGCUUCUGAGAAAGGCCUGGACUCUCUGGAGGUGGAGAUGACCGCCUACGUGCUGCUGGCUCUGCUCUCCGGUCCAGCCAUGCCAGACUUUGGCUUGGACUACGCCUCUGGCAUCGUCCGCUGGCUCGCUCAGCAGCAGAACCCAUACGGCGGCUUCUCUUCCACACAGGACACGGUGGUGGCCCUCCAGGCACUGGCUAAGUACGGCGCUGCCACCUACAGUGCAGAGGGCAGCACCACAGUGACAGUGACAUCAUUAGGAGGCCUGAACAAAGAGUUUACGGUGGAUCAGAGCAACAGGCUGCUGUACCAGGAGGAGAAGCUGAGUGAGGUCCCGGGAGAGUACACAAUCAGAGCUCAGGGACAGAGCUGUGUUCUGGCACAGAUUUCCAUGCAUUACAACAUCCCCCCUCCCCCGGACUUCUCUGCCUUCAACCUCACUAGUAACAUCAUGGCCAAGUGUAAAAUCAGCAGGCCUCAACUCAUCCUCUUUGUGCAUGUCAGGUACCAGGGCAGGAGAGAGGAAACCAACAUGGUGAUCGUCAACAUCAAACUGCUGUCUGGCUACAUCCUGGAUAAGAGCUCCCUGAAGCUGCUGAGGAGCGACUCUUCGGUGAAACGUGUGGACGUGGAGGAAGGAUACAUUAAUAUCUACUUAGAUGGGCUGAAGAAAGACGAGCCGAAGAUAUACAGUGUGACACUGGAGGAGGAUCUGCCCGUCAGAAACCUGAAACCAGCUGUGGUCAGAGUCUACGAUUACUACCAGACAAGUGAUGAGGCGGUAACUGACUACACAUCCCCCUGCGCAGAGAGUGACAGCAGCAACGAGCUGUAAAGAUCCAUCUGGAAAUCCUGCAAAGUCCCAACAUGACUUCUGUCAGUUAGAAGAAUCACUUAAAGAAAGAAACUUUUAGGUGUUUAUUUUUUUCUUAGACUUAUUAAUUUUUUAAUUUUUUUUUUUUUUUUACUCCUUUUUAAACUUUUUUAGCGGGUUCAUUGUGUGAAUCCGUUUUUGUGUAAUUUUAGGGAAAAAAUGUGUUUUGUUUUUGUUCUACUUCCUGUUACAUGUUAGGCUUGUCCAUGUCAUCAAAUGGGUGUUACUAAUGAACAAUAAAGGGUCUAACCAUCAAAGUCUG